AUGUUAUUUCAAAUUAUAGCGUCUGUUGCCACUACAUCGGCCGCUGCUACAACUGAUACAUCCAGUACAACGACAAAUGCAGCAACGACACGAAUGGUAACAACUGGAACAACCACGUUGAAAACAUGUCCAACAAGUUAUCCAACUAACUAUUCGUCCGCAACCUCACCAUCACCGGCGUUGACAGGAGCUUAUGGUACAAACAUUGUCGUCAACGGUGAUGGUGAAACGGGGCGAUGUCUUUCAAGUGGUAAUACUGUGUUUCUGCAACCGACAGGAUGGACAGUUAGCGGACUUGCAACUCAAAUCUCUUAUUUGAAUACGGCAGGUGAUCAGUCUUUGUCGAGUAUUGGCCCAAGCUUGUCUGAACGUGGCUGCUGCUAUUUCAUCGGAGGUCAGUCGCCUCCCUCAGUUACAACUAUGAUGCAGACAAUUAAUGUAACCGCCUACGCUGUGGAUAUUGACUCAAAUCUCGUUUAUUAUAAUCUUUCGGCAUGGAUGGGUGGUUGGGGUGGACAAGAUGAUAACGCUCGAGUUUCAUUUCAGUUUCUAAGUCAAACAUUAAGUGUGAUAGGCAACAGCACGGAAAUUGGUCCGGUACUUGACGCAGAUCGUGGUGGCACUGCCAAGUUAAUGUAUCGAUCGGCAGCCGGAAUGGUUCUGGUAAACACACGAUACAUUAAUGUUGUUGUGACUAUGACACGUGUUUAUGUAACUGGUGCAUUAAAUGAUGGAGAUAUUGACAAUGUUGAGAUUGUCUUUUCAAAGUGA